AUGCCGUCGAAACAGUCCACUGCUGCUGUUGGCCGCAGCAGGGGCCGACGCCCGGUUCGUCCGUCAACUUCCAACCGCUCCUUCUUUGCCAGCGAUGGACCUAGUGACGUUCAAAACCUUGAUCUCUUAGCUCUUGGAUCUGGCGGGUCUGGUAGACGUGCAACACCGACCUCUACGGGGCAGCGCCUUACUCGCGACAACCUGCGCGCGCAGCGGAUGAAUCGCAUGGCGCUUGAACGAGAGGCAGCGACCCGCGCGCGCGCUCAAGCUCGAGCGGCGGCUGCCGCUACAACGAGGGACGCCCUCCUCAACAAAAAGAGAGAGUCAGUAGCAGCUCGGAAAAGGCUGACACCUGCCGCGAAAGCUGCCUACCAGAAGAGAGACCGCGACGCCAAAGCUGCAGCACGGAAGCGUAUGACGCCGGAAGCCAACGCGGAAGAAAGACAAAAAAGUCGGGAAGCUAAAGCAGCAGCUACUCGGAGAAUUCGGGGACCGCCACCUUUUGUACCUGUCGUCAAGACUCCUCCGGUGUUAGCAUGCGACAGCCCGGAAGGGAGGAUGGACGGUCACGACCGACCCCAUAUGCUCGACAACAUCCACCAUCCGUCUGUCCUGCAUAAGUGCCUUUCAGACUUCACCAACCACAUCGUCAACUCCGUGCGAAGUACUUCGUGUGGCAUCUGCGACCGGAACUGCAAAAGCAUGGAUUGCAAGUUGGUCGCCGCCAAGGACUUGCCGCACAAGGACCUUCUCAAGGCAGAUGACAAGCUUCUCGCAUGCAGCGCCGUCCGUGGUACUUUCUUCAACUACCCUGGCGACGAUUCCGUUCCGAAACUUCUCGACGGGCUUGUUCUUGAGCGGUUGGGAUUCGAGUCGACAUCCCCCUACCGCAUGCAGGUGUGUAAGGAAUGCCUACAAAGCCUGUUGAAGAAACGGAUUCCGGAGGCGGCCCUUGCCAAUGGUCUUUGGCUUGGCGACUUCCCCGAACACUUGCGAUCCGCUACGUUCGUUGAAAUGAUAGCAGCAAGCCCAGUUCGGAUUAGCGGCAUGGUUCUUGCGCUGGACGAGUUGAAGACGGGGAGUGUGAGUGGUUCUGCCAAGAGUCAAAUGCGCGGCACGUUCACGUUCUACAUGCAAGACGCGUACGGUGUACAGUUGAGGCUUCCUGCCUGCGACACCGACAUCGCAGGGUCGUUCACUUGCGCUCUUGUCGGGUGCAAGCCAAAUCUUGCGCAGCUGCGGCGAUUGCUUGGCGCACGACGCCAAAUGGUGCAGGAUUUACUGGACUUUCAGCUGGACAAAGACAACCGCUUAGUAGGUCAACACACCUUGGCUCGUGAAGCUCAGCUAGCACCGGAAAACCUUCAUGGCUACAGCAACGACGGGUCUAUCCCUAAAGCUGUGCUGGACGCCAUUCUACCAAUUAAGGACAGCGCCAAAGCCUACUCUAACGCGAGAUCAACGCAUGCCCAUGGUAACCGCGAAGACGACCCGACACCGGACGGUGGGAUAGAGAGCACGGAUGACGGUCCGACAGCCCCUUUCGUGAUCGAAACCAACGCCGUCGUUGACACCGGCGAUGACCUUGCGGUUGCCGGCGCAUGCAAGCCAAACCGGCUAAGAGAUCUUGGUCGCGCCAUGCAAACUGCCUCUGGCAGUCCAUCCCUGGCGGAGGCGAUAGAGAACGCCCGUUGGAAGUUGACCGGGAGAAUUUCUCCGGCAGACUCUCGCACGCUGUCGGCAGUUACUCCGGAGGACCUCGCUGAUGCUGCAGCAGCUAUGGAAAACGGCCGUGGCAAUGGUUCGGUCUUGUCUGACCGGGCCGGGAUUGCGGCUCUGAUCAAAACCAUGGAGUCAGUCCAUGCCGGGGCGUCUUGGACCCCCCACAACAAGAGGUCUACACGGAUGAUUGCUAUUUCGUACAUUAUGCAAAUGGGCCAGCCUCUCAUUUGGAUGACGAUCAACCCCGCCGACGUCAACAGCCCAAUUGUUGUCAAAAUGUGCGGGGUCGACAUUGAUGUGUCGAGCAAGCUCAAGGCAAACUUUCCGGACUACGUCGACAAGCUCAGAUUGGUUGCGAACGACCCUGUCGCCUCGGCUGAUUUCUUCCACAACACCAUCGACGGCGUUUUGUCAUGCUUGCUUCGCUUCGGUGCUUCUGACGGUGAUGGAGGAAUUCUCGGUCGGGUUAAAGGAUACGUGGGGAUGACGGAGGAACAAAAGCGACUCGUACUUCACUGUCACCUUCUCGUCUGGGUCUUCGGCUACAACGAUUUCGCCAGCUUCCGAGACCUUAUGGAUAGGACUCCAGCGCGGUACACGGAACUUGCUCAGUACCUCGACAACAUCAUCUUCAACCAGGUGGCGACCCUUGCCGACAUCACCCGCGUGAUGCACGGCGGUGUAGAAGGUAUUUCAACAUUGCCUGUCGGCGACACGUGUCAAACGGACCCAAACCAUCGUCAUGCCAAGGAGUGCUUGCCGACCGCGCCGCCAACCAACUGUUUUCCGCGGGACGGGGAAGAUCGGUGUCCUGUUCACGACCAGGACUACGCCCGUCUCAUGUAUCUGGACCUUGCCGGGAUCACGCCUGGAGCUAACCUGCACAAGUGUAACGCCACCUGCACAAAGUACAACCAUCUGAACUCCUGCAGGUUUGGCUAUGGGGAAGAAGGGAAGCCACUUGUCGCUGAAACCGUCGUGAAACGGGGACGAUGCGUUUUCGACACGAAGGGCAACAUGAUCAUCGAUGGAGUCGUGUAUUCCGUUCACUCAACCGACGAUGCCGCCGCCGCUGCAUCCACUCCAGCCUUCCAGACAGCUUUUGAUGAAUCCAUUGCAACACUCAUCGGGGACGACGGACUGCCGGAUCCGUUGUCCGAUCGCUUCAGCGCCGAUAUUCGUCGUCUGCACAGCCACAUCAACAGCUUCAACCCUGUCAUCCAAUUUGCCAUUCGGAGUAACAUGGACCUCAAGGUUUUGCUCAGAGACAGCGACGCCAAAGGAAUCCUCUUCUACAUCUUAAACUACAGCACCAAAACUGAGCAAACCUUGGACGUUUUGCUGCCCCUUCUUGUGCCAGUAGUGGAACGGAUCCGAGACGAGGCCGACAGAGUGGACGACAAGGAACUUGCGGUGCGCCUUGUGCGAUCUUGCCUCUGCAAACAGCUAUCCAGUCUUAACAUUGGCGGGCCGGCGGCUGCUAGCAAGGUACUCGACAUGCCGGACCACAAGAUCUCCCACCACCCCGUGCCAUGCCCAAUGUCACCGUUGCUGACGUGGGCAUGUUCAAGAGACGGCCCUUUGGAUGGUGACACCAGCCGUCCAGACGAUGGGAGCGACAGCGACACGGAAGACGCUAUGGACAGUGAUGUCAUCAUCACACCAUUCAAAGGGAAGCUAACGGUGGCGCAACGUGCGUACUUGCUGUACCGCAAUCGUUGCCAUCCUGAUGACACCGGCCACGUACUUCACGGGAUGUCUUACGUCUUUUGGCACAAGCUUGUCCGCGUAAUACGGUAUGACCCGCUGGACAACAGACAACCGGACCUCGCGCAGUCUUCCGAUGCGUCCGACACUGACUCCGACUGUGACACCGUGCAGCCGGGCGACCCCGUUAGCCCCUCCGGAAGACGUGCAUCUGCCCGGACGGGGAGACCCCGCGCGUGUCGGUACGACUUCGUUGGAGAGUACAAGCACAAGUGGCAACAGGUUCUGCGGGAGAAACCGGCGAUGGUCAACAUCAUGCGAGACAUACCGCGCAAGGACACUCAACCCGUCGCGCACUGCCGUCUUCUGCUGUGCAUGUACAUUCCAUUCUUUACUUUGGACGACCUUAAGACCACCGGGAUGCUGGCUCAGAAGUUGGCCGCAGCAGAAGAGACCGCGAAGCGGGAAGCCCAAAAUGCUUCUUUCACCGCGUCACCGGACAAACAGCAGGAUAACAGCGAUAAAGCCGAGGUCCACUUGUGUGACUACGGGGAUGAUGAGCCUGGACGAAGCGUUAUCCCAACUUCUGCGCGUCGGUUGCAGACGGAAUUUUUCGUAAACGAUGCCUUGAGAUCUUUCCUUGCGGCUGGUUUUAGCGGAGACGACUCCUUGCCGGAAUCUGCAUUUCCUUUGCUGAGCGGCCGGACACGCCAACAGACUAUGGAAGACGCUUCGCAUAUCACCCUUGGCACCGACGUAGCGGCAUCGACGCUAUUUGUGGCACGGCAGGAGUCUUCGCUACAGCAAAAGUCGACUUCUUGCGCGGCGUCAAUGGCCGACGACGCACAGCCUGUUUCAUCACCGUCGUACUCUACCGGUACCGACGGUGGCCCACCGGUUCAGCCGUACCUUAUCCGAUUGAGAGCAGCUUCCCAAGAAGGCCUAUCGGACCAAGCACGGGGAGAACGGGACGCCAGGCGUGUAGCGACGAACGCUGCUGUUGCUCAAACUGACGUCGGGCGUACUUCAAACUUGCAACAUUCUGUCGCCGUCAGUAUUGCGCAAGAGUUCGGCCUCAACCGAAGGCAGAGGCUGGCCUUCUUCAUCUUCGCUAACGGGCUGCUCGCUCAAAGUCGUCCCAAUCCACCCGAGGCACUUCGCAUAUACAUCGGUGGAGGGGCUGGGACGGGCAAGAGCCACGUCCUUAAGGCCAUCAAAGCCUUCAUCGAGUGCCCAGCAAUCGCAGCAGAAGUACCGCGCGGACGAUUGCUGACGGUGGCUUAUCAAGGAAAGCAAGCAGCUAGUGUCGGUGGAACUACCGUUCACUCUGUCUGCUCCACGGGUAGUCGGGACGGCGGGAACCUCUCUGGCGAUCAUGACGAUCAGAGUUCUCUGCCCGACGCGAAGGCCAUGCACUGGAAGGGUGUGUCUGUGCUUGCCAUAGAAGAAGUAAGCAUGGUCGGGUGCAACCUUCUCGUUCAGCUUCACAAGGCCGCGUGCUCCAUGUUCCCCAUCCACAAGGCCAAACCAUUCGGGAACAGGGUCGUCGUCAUGCUCGGCGACUUCCAUCAAUUGAGCCCGGUCAAAGCCAAAUCACUCGCGUGUGGUGCCGGAGUCUCCACUCGCCGUCGUGACAUGACCGUUACCGAACGGUAUGGUGCUGAUCUCUUCAGAAGCGCCAACGCUUGUGUCAUGCUUGAUGAGUCCAACCGUUUCACGCCCAUCUACGCGCCCAUAAUGGAGCGUUGUCUUCGUUCGGAAUGCAUCUCCGAUGACGUCGACCUCAUCAACAACCAUGUCAUGGGCACCAGCCGCAAGGCAGACUCCCUGUUCGACGCGCGCGUCAUCGCCUUCCGCAACAAGGUUAACACCGUCUUGACUGUGCCGAUGAUGCGGACCUGGUGCAAGGCUAAAGGUACCACUCUCUUCAUCGCGGCAGCCCAUGACGUAUACGUCGGGCACCAACGUCCGGGCGCCACCGCGGAGGUACCACCAACGGACGCUCCAUGGCCUGCAGGACUUCGUCGCGAAAUAAAGUCGCUCGACGACGGCAAAACAAACGACCUCCCCACCAGCGCAUGCCUUGCUAUCGGUGCGCCAGUCGUUCUUCACAAAAGCCCACAGUUCGUCCUACUUGGGGUAUGUAACAACUCCGACGGCAUCAUCCGUGGCAUUGAGCUUGACCCACGUGAAGGUUACGCCUCCAGUACCGCAGGCUACUCCGUUGUCACCCUUCGGUACGCGCCACUCAGAAUCUUCGUUUACAUCAAGUCUGCUGAUGCCGCCGGCCUGCACUUAGAUGGGUUGCAGAGGGGAGUAAUUGCCGUGGCACCGGUUGAGCGUAAGUUCACAAUUGUCGGCAUCAACAAAAGGAAGUUCACCUUCAAACGGCGACAGAUACCAUUGACGGCCGGAUGCUUAUCGUCGGUGUACCGCAGCCAGGGCCAAACCAUGCCAAAGAUCAUCCUCGACAUUCGCCGCCCUCCGGGACAUGCUGUGGACUGCGCCGCCGUCUACGUUGCCCUUUCGCGUGCAACCGGUCUUGGCGAUUUGAACCUUCUCUUCCCUGUAACCCUGCAAGAUCUCAAUCAGCCUCAGAAUCCAGACAUCGUCGCCAUCGUCAACUACCUACACCGUCUGGACGAGACUACUAUGGUGCUUUUCCUCAAAGACCCGGGGUCUUUCACCCCUGCCUACGCCACCUUGGACGGCAUCGAAGAAGCCGGCCCAAGGCCGCCCCACAAACAACCAAAACGCGUUGGUCGCCACGGUCCAGGUGCCACCCGAAGAGUCGCGCACCUCAUCCCCAACGAGGACAACAAUUGCUUCUUCAAUUCUGCGCUCGCUUUGGCACUCGCGGCCUGGGAUGGUCAGCCGCUUCCAGAUACUACAGCCGGCACCCCUGCUGCCGGGUCUUUUUUUGCGGCUUUGCAGUUACUGAGGGACUCCAUGUUCGACGAGUGCGACCUGUCGCCGAAUAUCGUGCGCGACAAGCGCGUCAAGCCAUAUUUUCCAAUUCGUCUCUGCCCGGGGUAG